ACACAGUAAAAAAUUCUUGUUUUCUCUUGGAUGAUCUGGAGCUUGAUUUGCAGUAGUAAAGCUGCAAAAUAUCAUUUGAUCGUGAGAAUUAACGAUGAAAAGCUUCUUAUAAUUUCUGAUGUUGAAGAUAAUAAAGCUUGAUGUUGAAAGGCUCACGCGGUUUGCGCUUGAUAAAUAAGUUAACACUGGUUCGAACCUGCGACCUGGAGUUUGGAAGGGAGUAUGAAGGUUUACUAGUUUUUUCAAUUUUUAUUUAGUCCAGAAGUUGUAGGCAAUUUUCCUUGGUGUAGAGGAAGGAGGUGAGAAAAAACGAUUAAAGCCGCAUGAAGAUUCCUAAAUUUACUGUGCACUUUAAUGAUUCUGGUGUUUCACGGUCAUUUAAUGUCUUAUCAAGAAGUCGUUUAGCGGGGCCGACUGAUACGGAAUUAGUCAUAUUGGAACCUGAGGAGGUAAGAGGGUAGUUUGGUGUUUGUUGUCGUGUUUUUUGAGGAGAUUUAUAGUGAAUUUGUGUCUGUGUCGGGGGGGUCUGUGAGAAGAUAUCAUUGAGAAAAUGUCGAGCUUCCAGCAAAAUGAUGAUGGAUGGGAAGUGGCUUCAUCUCGUAAGGCAAGAAACCCUGCAUCAAGCUCCGCAAACAGGCAGAGGGGUGGAGCAUCUUAUAGUUCUUAUGCACCUGAAAGGCCUGGAGUUGGGUUUUCCAAGGGUAAAGCAGGGUAUAAUCCUAAUGGUGACGGCCAGAAAAGUGGAAGGCGAGGUGAUAACUCCAACAACGUGCAAGACCACGGUUACAAGCAGCCGGGAUGGAGAGAGACCGGGAAAACUCAGCCGAAGAAUGGAAACGCAACCACUGUUAUUCCUACUACUUCAAGGAAUGGCGGUGACAACAUGAAUCAGGCAUGGCAGAGCCAACCUAAGCCUGAAGCCUGGGACUAUGCCGCUUCUGCAAGAGUAGGCGUGCAGGAUACUGGUGCACGUCCCUCUUUUACAAAUAGCUGGCAAGGGGGAAUUCGCAACAGCAGCACAGGUGGCGGCAGCACUAGUUGGAGCUCUGUAGUUGCAUCUGCUGCUGGGAAAGGAGAGGGGAGUGGAGGAGCAAAUGGAAGUGGAGGGAAUUCUGUAACUAGUGACAAGGUUAUGUCUACGCUUCUUCCUUUUGAGCAAUCAGGGGAGCCAUCUCAGAGCGAAGCUGGCAAUCAGUCUAGUGAGGGGGAAUCAGAGAUUGAACACCUAGAUAGUGAUGAGGAUCUUUUGAGCAGUGAUGGAUUUGAUUCUGAUGGCGCUGAUGUAAGCCACGAGACUAAGAAAAAGAACAAAUGGUUUAAGAGUUUCUUUGAAUCUCUUGAUAGCCUAAGUAUUGAGCAAAUAAAUGAACCCGAAAGGCAGUGGCACUGCCCAGCAUGCCAAGGCGGGGUUGGGGCAAUUGAUUGGUACAGAGGGAUGCAGCCCAUCUUAACCCAUGCCAAGACUGUUCGGUCCAAGAGAGUGAAGCUACACAGGAAACUGGCAGAAGUAUUGGAGGAGGAGUUGAAUAGGAGAGGAGCACAUGCGAUAUCAGAGGAAAUGUUUGGCAAGUGGAAGGGCUUGCGAGAGACAGUAAAUGAUCGAGAGAUUGUUUGGCCCCCUAUAGUCAUCAUUCAGAACACAAUCCUUGAUCAAGAUGAAAAUGAGCAGUGGAUUGGGAUGGGAAAUAAAGAAUUAUUGGAGUAUUUCAAAGGAUACAAAGCUAUGAAGGCAAGACAUGCAUAUGGUCCGAAGGGACAUCGUGGAAUGAGUGUACUUAUAUUUGAGGAAUCGGGAAUGGGAUACAUGGAAGCAGAGCGUUUGCACAGGCACUUUCUGAAAGAAAAGAGAGGGAAAGAGGAAUGGGAGCGGCACAAGGUAUUGUUCCACCCUGGUGGACAACGAAUACUAUAUGGUUACUUGGCAACAAAAGAGGAGAUGGAGAUUUUCAACAGGCACUCCAAAGGAAAACAAAGGUUGAAGUAUGAUAUGAGGUCACAUCAUCAAAUGGUUGUAGAAUCAAUGAAGCAAAUGAAUGAAGACAAUCAGAAGCUGACUUUCUAUAAGACUAAAGUUGCUAAAGAACAGGAGCACAGUAAAACAUUGGAAGAGACAGUUUAUCAAGUCUCAUCCAAGCUGAGACUGCGAGAAGCUGAAGUUAAAGUUAUCAGACAGAGAGCUACAGAGCAGCACGAGGAGUCCAAGAAGGAGAUGGAUUAUUUGGAGCAGAGUUAUAGACACCAGAUUGAUCAGCUGAAUGAAGCAAUUGCAGAAAGAGAACAAGAGUUGGAAAAGGUACAGGAAGAGUUCAAGAUUUCACACCUUGACCGCUGCCAUCAGCUUCAAGUUGAUUCUGCAAAGCUUCCCAAGGAUAAGAAAGUCAGCAAUGACAAACAACAUGAAGAACAGAUCAAAAUUGAUGAGGAGAUUGAAAGACAUAGGACAAUUGUUGAAAGUAGUGUCAAAGAUUCUGAGGAGUAUGAACGUGAGCGGCAAGAACUCAUUAAAGUGCAUGACAAGAGGAGGAAGGAAAUUAAACUAAGGCAGCUACAGGAGGAAGUAGCAUUUGAGAAGGAAUUGGAGCAACAAAGGGUUAAACUUUUGGAAAAGUAUGCAAAGAAAAGGGAAGAGGCAAGUUAUACUCCUUGUUAGUGGCAGGGUGCUUGUUGCUUGUCUCAACAACCAAUGGAGAAGUAAUCCUAUAUAGCUAUGCACUUGCUUUCUACCUUGUUGCCUAGUAAUAAUGUUGAAGAAGUUAAAAUGUAUUGAGUUAUGAUUUGUCUAGAUUCUGCUGUUGUUUAUGACAUGUUUGGACAUUGCAAGGCCAUUUUCUAUUGGCACUUUCCUUUAUAAGAAAAAUAUAGCCAGUUGUCUUUUGAAAAACGUAUCCUUUGAAAAGUUCCAAGAAAGAUGUUUGUGGGAGAAUUUUCUGAUUUUGGUAUCAUUUUUGAAGUUCAGGCUAUGUUUGAACAUUACAAGCACAAGCUGUAAUGGUGCUUUCCUUUUCGAGAAAAGCUUAGCUGAGAUUCUCCAUGUAACAAGUAAUCUAUCAAAUAUAAUUGAUUAAAAUUUCAAGAA